AUGUCAAACACCACUCCUGUUCCAAUAGCUGACUUAUCCAAGUUGGAUAUCUCAACCUUGCCAGCUGUAACUCCCCAGGCUCCAAAGCCAAAUGGAUUGUGGUCCUCCAACCCAGUGUUCUCAUACUUGAACGAUGCUUACAACUCAAUCAGUGAACACAGAAAGUCAUUAGGAUUGUCCAACCCAGGUACAAUUGAAAAUUUAAACAAGGAAGUUUCCCGUGAUGUUUUCUUGCUGCAAUACUUCUUUACUGGGUUAAGAGCAGACUUGAACAAGGCCUUCUCCAUGUCCCCAGCUUUCCAAACCAGUCACACAUUAUCCAUUGGAUCUCAAGUCUUACCACCAUACGCCUUCUCUGCCUUAUACGCCACUGACGACUACUUCGUUCAAGGUAACAUCGACAAUGACUUUUCUUUUUCCGGUAGAGUCAACUAUGGUUGGGACAAGCACAACAUUUCCAAAUUGACUUUGCAAUUAGCUAACGGUCAACCAUCUAUGGUCCAAUUGGAACAAGAUUACCAAGCUUCAGACUUUUCCAUCAACUUGAAGACUUUAAACCCAUCCUUGUUCAUGGAAUCCGGUAAUGCCUUCUCUGGUGUUGCUGUCGGUUCCCUUUUACAAAGUUUGACCAAGAACUUCGCUGUUGGUCUCGAAGCUAUGUACAGCAAGCAAUCUGGUGCUACUCCACCAGACCUGGCUGUUUCCUACGUUGCCAGAUACAACGCUGGUAACUGGAUUGCAAGUGCCCAAUUACAAGCCCAAGGUGCCUUAAUCGCCUCAUACUGGCAAAGAGUUACCGACAAAGUUGAAGCCGGUUUAGAAACCCAAGUCGCCGCCACCAUGAAGCCAAUCACUGACUCAUUAAUGGGUACUCCAAUUGGAUUCGAACCAGUCGUUGAGGGCCAAACUACCAUUGGUGCUAAAUAUGAAUACAGACAAUCUGUCUUUAGAGGUCAAUUGGACUCCAACGGUAAAGUUGGUGUUUUCAUGGAAAAGAGAGUUCUCCCCACUGUCUCUAUCUUGUUCUCUGGUGAAAUCGACCAUAGCAAGAAUGCUAGUAGAUUAGGAUUAGGUUUACAAUUUGAAAGUGCCGGUAAUGAACAAUUGAUGAUGAUGCAACAAGGUUUGAUCGACGCCAACGGUAACCCAGUUCCAGGCGCUCCACCAGCAUUGUAA